CCUUCUUCUUUCGUUUCUCCCAAUCUCGAAGCAGAUUUUCUUUUUCUUCUCUUCUUAAUUCCUUCCUGCGAGAAGGGAGCAAGGGUUUCGUAUAAAAAUCGACCGAAUUCUACCUCAUUUUCUUCUUUCCUUGCAAAUCUCCGCCAUGAAUCCGGAAUAUGACUAUCUUUUCAAGCUUUUGCUCAUUGGAGAUUCUGGUGUCGGCAAAUCAUGCCUUCUUUUGAGAUUUGCGGAUGACUCAUAUUUGGAGAGUUACAUAAGUACCAUUGGUGUUGAUUUUAAAAUUCGUACAGUGGAGCAGGAUGGGAAAACCAUUAAGCUUCAAAUUUGGGAUACUGCUGGACAGGAGCGUUUCCGGACAAUUACAAGCAGCUACUACCGUGGUGCACACGGCAUUAUUAUUGUUUAUGACGUCACCGACCAAGAAAGCUUCAACAACGUCAAGCAGUGGCUGAAUGAGAUUGAUCGAUAUGCAAGUGAUAGUGUGAACAAGCUUUUGGUUGGAAACAAGUGUGACAUGACUGCUAACAAAGUUGUUUCCUAUGAAACCGGCAAGGCAUUUGCUGAUGAGAUCGGAAUCCCUUUCUUGGAAACAAGUGCGAAGAAUGCCACCAAUGUAGAACAGGCGUUCAUGACCAUGGCUGCUGAGAUAAAGAACCGGAUGGCGAGUCAACCGGCCAUGAACGCCAGCAGACCAACAACCGUGCAAAUGCGUGGGCAGCCAGUUGUUCAAAAGGCCAGCUGUUGUUCCUCCUCUUGAUUCCAUUCCAACUGCAGGAAUGAAUUCACAACCUUAUUCCAACAAGGAGAUGUGGAGUCAGCGGAGCCACGGCAGGUGAACACCGGGUCAGGACUGAAGUGCAUCGUAGUAAUCUUUUUAUGUGUAUAGAAGGAAAGCCAGAAGACAUGAUUGGGCAUGGUUUGUUUAGUGUGAGUGCAAUCACACCUCUGCUUUUAAAUUGGAUUCUCUGCAGAAAGUCUGUAGCUUGUGAUUACAUUUGAAAAGAACUGCAAUUCGUUUCCCUAGCAUAA